AUGGACAGGAGCUCGCUGCUGCAACUCAUCCACGAGCAGGCCCGGCUCCCCUCCCCACAGCUGGACCCUGACAACACGGGUUUCAUCGGGGCAGACACCUUCGCCGGGCUGGUGCACAGCCAUGAGCUGCCCCUGGAUCCCGCCAAGCUGGACAUGCUGGUGGCCCUGGCCCAGAGCAACGAGCGGGGCCAGGUCUGCUACCAGGAGCUCGUGGACCUGAUCAGCAGCAAGCGCUCCAGCAGCUUCAAGAGGGCCAUCGCCAACGGGCAGCGCGCGCUGCCCAGGGACGGGCUGCUGGACGAGCCGGGGCUGGGCUUCUACAAGCGCUUCGUCCGCUACGUGGCCUACGAGAUCCUGCCCUGCGAGGUGGACCGCCGCUGGUACUUCUCCCGGCACCGCAGCUGCCCGCCCCCCGUGUUCAUGGCCUCCGUCACCCUCGCCCAGAUUGUGGUGUUCCUGUGCUACGGGGCGCGGCUCAACAAGUGGGUGCUGCAGACCUACCACCCCGAGUACAUGAAGAGCCCCCUCGUGUACCACCCGGGGCACCGCGCGCGCGCCUGGCGCUUCCUCACCUACAUGUUCAUGCACGUCGGCCUGGAGCAGCUGGGGUUCAACGCGCUGCUGCAGCUGAUGAUCGGGGUGCCCCUGGAGAUGGUGCACGGCCUGCUGCGCAUCAGCCUGCUCUACCUGGCCGGCGUGCUGGCAGGCUCGCUGACCGUCUCCAUCACCGACAUGCGGGCGCCCGUGGUGGGGGGCUCCGGCGGGGUCUACGCGCUGUGCUCGGCGCACCUGGCCAACGUCGUCAUGAACUGGGCCGGGAUGCGGUGCCCCUACAAGCUGCUGCGCAUGGUGCUGGCCCUGGUGUGCAUGAGCUCGGAGGUGGGCCGCGCCGUGUGGCUGCGCUUCUCCCCGCCGCUGCCGGCCGCCGGCCCGCAGCCCAGCUUCAUGGCGCACCUGGCGGGGGCGGUGGUGGGGGUCAGCAUGGGGCUCACGAUGCUGCGCAGCUACGAGGAGCGCCUGCGGGACCAGUGCGGCUGGUGGGUGGUCCUGCUGGCCUACGGCACCUUCCUGCUCUUCGCCAUCUUCUGGAACGUCUUCGCCUACGACCUGCUGGGCGCCCACGUGCCCCCUCCGCCCUGACUGCACCCCUGCCUGCAC